CAGUCUCGACCGUUAAAACAAACACCAAACCCCAUCAUCACCUUCAGACCAUGCCGACCGAUUCCUCCUCCGACUCCGAUGACAAGCCACAAUCGUCGUCCCGUGUCAAGCUCUUCGGCCGCAAGCGGCCACUACACACCGUUCUAGGAGGAGGAAAAGUGGCUAAUGUGAUCCUAUGGAGGAACAAGCACUUUUCAGCUGCGAUCUUGGCUGCAUCCACUGCAAUAUGGUUCCUUUUUGAGAUCGUGGAGUACCAUUUCCUGACCCUUCUUUGUCACCUCUCCAUCACCACCAUGCUCGCAGUUUUCAUUUGGACCAACGGUGCCACUCUCCUCAAUCGAAGUCCUCCAAAGAUCCCAGAGACGAUCUUGUCUGAGGCAGUAAUCAGAGAUGUGGCAUUGACCUUCCAUUCCAAGCUCAGUGCAUUCAUGUCUAUCCUCUACGACGUUGCUUGUGGAAAAGACCUCAAACUCUUACUUAUGACAAUUGCUUCAUUGUGGAUGUUAUCGGUGAUAGGAAGCUAUGUCAGCUUUCUGAAUCUCCUGUAUUUUGGAUUCGUGUGCAUCCAAACACUUCCAGUUUUAUAUGAAAGGUAUGAGGAAGAGGUGGAUGAACUUGCUGGUAGGGGAACUCGUGAUAUGAUGAAAUUGUAUAGGAAAUUCGAUUCCAAGGUUCUUGACAAGAUUCCGAGGGGACCCGUCAAGCAGAAGAAAUCCAAGUGACCGCGACAAAGCUACAUUGUCUAUAGAUGAUUUGCUGAUACAUUUGGGGAAAAAAUAAAUCAAAAUGACCACAACAAGGCUACAUUGUAUGUGAAUAAUUUGCUGAUGCAUUUGUAAAUUACAAAUCUCAUGAUUUAUGCUUUGUUUUCAUGUUCAUAUUAAUGGUAAUUUCAUUUUCUAA